GAUGAGCCCACAUGAUUGUGCAUGUUCUAUGUACUAUAUCUCUAUUAUUAGAGAACGGGAGCGGUGGAGUAACUCCACUGUAGACACGGCCUUGUUCAGUUCUUGCCACGGAAUACCUUAGCUGGGGUACUAUCUAUCAAUGCUAACAUCAAACGGCUGGAUAUAUAUGGGCGUCAUCAUACUUCAAGAGGCAAACUAGCUUGGUGAUUUGGAGGCCCAAUACAACUCAAUAGUUUCAUGAUGGGAGUUCUUAUUCAAUGAAUGUACUCCUCUGCUCCCUCUUCCCCGUUCCCCCCUUUGCUUCAAAGCCCCGAAUCCCAUUCUUGACUAAUUAUAAGGGUCUGGUGUUCUUCUUCUCCCUUCGCGGUUCCGUUGCUCGUUGUAUAUAUCUCGCCAUCCAACAGGCCAUCGGAACAAUGUAUCUCCGACCGAUCCCAGAGCCGUCUCAUCAUUGCGGUCCCGUCCCGUGACCUGGCCAAACACUCAGCUCUGGCUUGCUUCGACUUCAUCAUCAUCAUCAUCAUCAUGGCCGACUAAGGUAUUGCAUUGUCGCAAGCUGAGACCCCGCGUUAUUCCUGGAGCCAGAUUCCUUGGAUUUAUCUUUCUUUAAAUACUCUUACCCACUACCAAACUUCCUUCCCCAUACAGUGGUUACCUUCUUUCUUUUGGUGGUGGUCCUUGCGCCUGCAAGCGCCCUGAAACAAGUCUGUCUUUCACCACUCCACGGCCCUUCCAGGACAGCGAGUGACUGUUAAUCACGAGGGGAACAUUUCGCCAACCGAGAACGCUGGAUUCCUCCUGCUCAAUACUUUGGCGUCAAAACGUCGGGAUAACCUCUCUGACGAGUCAUUUCCCCCCCGCCACCUACUCCCGCUCCCACCCAAAUAUGAGUGAGUGAGUAGACUCACGAGGCCUUUGCUCCUUCCGAUACCUGCUUCCGUGGUAGCCCCCCUCGGCUCCCGGGUUUGUUUGCUUAGACUAUGGGGCAAGCCUCCUCUUCCCAACGCGCAAACUCCGCGCAGAGCAACCACAACCGCAACAACAAUAACAGCAUCUCGUCACUCUCACUCUCGCGCCUUUCACGCGAACAACAUAGCGGACAACAUAGCGGACAACCUCACCCUGGCCACUUAAAUCCCUCCUUGCACCUUCGACAUCGCUCUAGCGGCGGGAUCGAUAAUUCUACACAACACAGUCAUGCGGGUCCCCCUUUGACUUCUCAAACUGCAACUUCGCCUUUGUCCACAGGUGCCGCUCACUCGGAUGUGUUUCGAAGUUCGAGUGAUACAAAUUCACGUAUGUCCCAACGAGCAGAUAGCGCUUUGGAGAACAUGGAACAUCUGCGACCUCACAGCUCUGUCGCCACUCUAGGAACAUCUGCUUCCAUUCCCGCCUCCGCGACGAGUCGACAGUCGACCAUGUCUCGUCUCGGUUCGAGGAUUCUUCCAAACGCAGUAGUGAGAGGACUGUUGAAUAGUGGAGAAGAAACACCCGCGGAAGGUCGUGCUCACCGGAUCGGUUUGUUGUCUAGGACUCUACACAGAUCCGACUCUGCUCAUCAUUCACACCGCUUCUCGUCCUUCACUGGAUCUAGCUCACGAGGGAUAUCAAGGAGACGCUCGAUACGUGGACCCUAUCCUCCUCCACGAGGCGAUGCAGCCUUACUGCCCGAUUCUCCUCCAAACCCCACAUACCUCGAUGCUACUGGCAUCGAAAGAGAAUCCAGCACCGGAAGAUUUUCGUGGCGUCAUCGGGCGAGAUUAAGCCAUGUACGACAUUCCAUUGCUGCGCCAAUAUCGCAGAUUCUUGGCCAAUCGCCCGCCAUGACUGAACCAAGCCAAACAGCAAUGCUCCCGCCUCGUCGACCGUCACGGCCUAGUUUUACAGAAGACUCCAACCACCUACUUCCACCCUUAGGGUCAAUGGACACGCACAUGGAAUUUGGUGGAUCCCGUGAACUUGACUCCGUUGAACCUUCUACACGGAAUCACUUGCCAAUCUCACCAAGCACCCCUUCUCGACCUACACGCUCCUCUUCACCCUCCCGAAGACAUGCUCCAUCGCGUUCACGACACAUUCGAUCCAUGCGUAGGGAUGAACAAACCCCCUUGUCUCGCGUUUUACAGCUAGCAGCAGCUGCCAUAGCUGCUCAACUCUCUGGUAAUACGCCACCAGCAAUGCCCAAUAUCCAGGCUAUUGGUGCUGACGGAGCGGAUGGUUCGUUGGAGAGCUUUAUACAAAGUUUACAACAAGCCACAUCUGCCCAAACUCAAGGGACAGGGACAGAAGACGGGAAUGGGGGAAGCCAAAGGGAUGGUGGCUUGCCUCACGUCAACUUCUUGAGAGUCUUCCGCUUUGUCAACCCAGAAAAUUCUGAAAAUAACUCGUCAACAGGACAUUCUAACCAACCAGCUUCUGAAUAUACCCAGGACGGUAGAUCGGAUAGAAUGGAUAUUGAUGACCGAAACCCAGCAGAGAGUGGCCAGGACCGACGGUUGGUGACUUUGGUGGUGGUAGGAGUAAGAUUCUCAAGCCAUCGUCGCUCCAUGGGAGGCAGUACAUUCCCGGCCAAUUACGAUAGUCAGCGUCAUCAAAGAUCACAUGCAUCAUCUCGCAGUCAAUCGGAUUUGGCCAGUUCAUUACCUACGGUUCUAUCAGAAAGUCCCCCUGGUCCUCACCCCCCUCCAUCUACUCCUGCCGACGCUGGUUUAUCCAACGUUUCCUCAGAAACCAAUAGCCCAAGUCGACGACCAUCAGCAUCCUCAGUUGUGCUUCCUCAAUUGAACGAAGACUCUUCCCAGGAGCCCGAUGAGCCCUACGAAGAUCAUCACCCUCUUUUCAAUAAUGUAAGCCAACGUCGCAGACGCGACUCAGAAACCGCUCGUCAUCGCGGCCUUGGCUCCGGAGCCGCAAGGCGAAACGGAGUUGUGGAACCCGAUAGUGCCUCGCCGUCUGCUGGAAGAAGCUGGUUGAUUUAUGUAGUUGGAACGAACUUAGCUGAAAACCACCCAGCUUUUGCAACUCCAAGUUUAUUUACGGAUAACCCUACCUAUGAGGACAUGUUGCUCCUUUCGUCGUUACUUGGUCCCGCUAAACCGCCUGUCGCCUCCCAGGAAGACGUUGCCUCUGCUGGAGGUAUAUUUCAACUGGUUGAGUACGGUGGUUCUCUAAUCGCUGAAUCGGCAGAUACAACCCCCAAAAUCCCUAUCGCGGAAAGCGAAAGAUGUCUUAUCUGCCUCUCUGAUUAUGAGGCUGCAGAAGAGGUCCGACAGCUAACUAAGUGCCAACACAUCUAUCAUCGUGAAUGCAUUGACGAGUGGUUGACUACUGGACGAAACUCCUGUCCUUUAUGUCGAGGUCAGGGUGUGUCCAAUUCCGAGAGCAACGACACAGGCAAUACCAACGAGCAGGAGAUCCUUUCAUGACGGGAAGAAAACAGCUGAUCUAUAUUCCCACCCCGUAUUUAUGUGAACCAAAAUCUACAACAUCCAAAAGCAUUUAUUUCCGCCCAACGCUAGAAUUCCUACGCACUCACUUUUGUCUUUCCCCUCCCUUGGUUUCCUCGAUAUUUUCCUAGUUUUCAUUUGGAUGAUAUCCGUUGACCCUUAAAAGCCGGAAGACUCGGUGCGGUAUUGCUUACAAACCUCUUAUCUACCCUGGAAUAAAUACCCUUUUGAACGCGAUGACACACCAUCAUGCUUCGGUGCAUCGAUAGGCUUUCUUUUUUUUUUUUUUUUUGACUUGUCAACUCUUCACGACUCUGCCGGAAUUCUUAAAGUUUAUUCCGUCCCACAGCAGGGUGCGUUGUAAUGAUUUUCAUGUUUUUAUUCCCCAGUUUUCAUAUUUUCUUCCCUUCUCAUAUUCAAUGCUUCACUUCAGCGUUUUACAUAGCAUGCGCCUAAUGUUUCUAGGCACUUUUUGUUGGUCUUGCAUUGUUCAUACGGCACUCUUGCUCUCCCCGCCCCCCUUCCCUUCCAGGAGAACUUUAUUUAUUUACGGCUGUUAGUAUUUUCCGGUGUUAUCGGUCAGGGUUCAGGGUCUAAGAACGAUGGGAUACGGAUAGGGAACUCGGUAUGACUCAGUCGGCUGGUAUUCAUCAGGACCUUGAAGAUCUUCAACUUAAUCCCUUUGGCGUUGUUAUUCUCCUGUUCCUUUGUCCUUGCAACAUGUUUUUAUCUCAUUAGCCCUUGCUAUUUCCAUAUCUUUUUCAUUGUUAUUCUUUGCUUUUUAUUACUCUCUACUAACAAUUAUGAAGCUAUGACAUAUUGUUUUCAUACAUUCUGUUUUGAUAUCACUGGCUCCUUUUGCGGUUUCAUUUUUGCAGGGUCUUUUCUAAAGAAAACAAAACAGAUUUCUCUGGUGUGGUUUUUCCCUCCCUUUUUCUAUAUUGUUUUAAUUUUAUGUUCUCUUCGGUGCUUGCUAUUAGAUGCUUUAUGUUCAGGCCAUAAGCAUGGCAAGUGGUUUGAGCAGAUUAAAAUGAAACGUAAUUUUAUAACUUGAGAUUCUUAUUGAGAUUUCUUGUCGUCUUUUAUCAUACGAAUUAAAGUUAACAUGCAAUAUAUUUCAAUCAACUCUUGGUCAAAAUAACCCUUCCUUCCGCUAUGCCCGCCCGGUUUGUACUGUACAUGUACAAACCGGCUA